CGCACGAUAAAAGACGAUAAAAGUUAGGAAUAAUUCGAAUAAACUGCCGAAUUAAAACUAAACCAACCAGCAACGUGCGGCUGCAGUUCCUGAAAUCAACUUCCGCGCCCCCUUCCAGCCCUGAACAAUCCCAACUCUUUGUUCUCUGUUCUCACUCACUUACAAUCAGUUGGAAUCAGAUUAAAACAUCAACAUCUACUUCCUCUGCAUCUCCACAGCAUCAGCAUGGUCGAAGUAUCCCUCACAGUCGGAAAACUCGACGCCAGCAUCGCAGUGCUCCUCACAUCCGACCACCACCUGAUCGAGUUCCCCUCGAUCCUGCUCCCGUCCUCCGUCCAAGCCGGCUCGAUCGUGAAGAUCAACUGCACCGAGAACUUCGACGCCGAGCAGAAAGAGAAAACCGAGUUCGAUGCGCUCCAGCAAAACAUCUUUGAGCUCUACGGCAAACGGUCGCCUAUCCGGCCGCAGCUCAGAGUGCGCAAUGCGACGCAGACCUCAAUCGUGCUCGAAUGGGACUCGCUCGAUCUCGCGACCGCGGACCUGCGCUCGCUCUCGUUGUUCCGCAAUAAUACGCGGCUGGGGAAGAUCCCCUCGCCAAUGACAAACACGUCCACAAAGCUCUCCGGCCUCUCGAUCGACACCGCGUACACGUUCCACCUCGAGCUCGUCACCUCAGCAGGCACAUACCUAUCCGACAAAGUCACCGUGAAAACCCACAAGAUGACCGAUCUCAGCGGGAUCACCUGCUGCGUGGGCGUCGUCAGCGACGAGGACCGCGCGAUGCUCGAGGAGACGGUCGCCAGGAUUGGCGCAAAGCCGCUCCAGGACCGCGUCCGUAUCGACACUACGCAUUUUAUCUGCGUCGAGGGCGUCGGGCCGCAGUGGGAGCGCGCAAUGGAGACAAAUAUCCCGAUCGUGGGGCCAGAAUGGCUUCGUGCUUGUGAGAGCGAGGGCCGAAUCGUUGGAGUCAGGGGAUACUAUCUGAAUGCUGAUCCUAAAACACGACCGGCAGCUCGGCAGGGUGCCGGUGCCAGAUCUACCGGUGCGGCAAGUACUCCUUCGCGCUCGCCUGCCCAGAAGCCGCUGGCUGCUCCCGCGAAGCCACCACCUGCACCUGCACCUGCUCCCGCACCUGCUAGUGUCGAGGAGCUGAAGCCCGUUGCUCCUGAGCCGAUCCCUGAGCCGGUUACUGAGCCUGCUGCGGCUGUAAAGGACGAGGAGGAGGACGAGGAGGAGGAGGAGACCACGACGACUGAAGGAUCAGUAGCAGAAGAAGCCUCGAAAUCCACAGAGACAAUCCGUCUCGGUUCAUCACGGUCAGAAAACGGCGAGGCCUCUGACAGAGAAGAAGAAGCAGAAGAAAAAGACGAAGCGGCAGCGGCAACAGCAGAAGAAGAAGCCGAUCGCGAGGCAGAAGAGGCCGCCGACGCCGAACUCGACGAAUCCGUGCAAUCCGGCGACGGCACAGGCGACAUCGGCAGUCUGCCCGUCUCCGGCGCGGUAGCCGAAGAGAUCGCGGCCGACAUCACGCCGCGCGCGUCGCGGGAGAUAAUGGUUGCAGAGCAAGCCGGGCAGUACGCGAGUAACAGCAAUUUCAACAAUUCGUCGUCGACGGUGGAUAAUUUCGAGGACGCGGCGACGACGGCGGGGGAUUCGUCGGAGGAGGAGAUUAGUGAUGAGGAUGACGAUGCGCGGACGGCGAUGGGGGACGAUGAUCGGGAUUUCGAGAAUGUUGCGUUGUAGCGUUGUAGUAGUGAGCUGUGAGUUAUAGAGAGAUUACAGAGGUUGAUCAAUAGUGAAGCAUUUUAGUGAAUUCAGAUA